AUGAAGACUCUCCGGGCUCGAUUUAAGAAGACAGAGCUGCGCCUCAGCCCCACCGACCUUGGCUCCUGCCCACCCUGUGGUCCCUGCCCCAUCCCGAAGCCGGCAGCCAGAGUCAGGCGCCAGAGCCAGGACUGGGGCAGAAGCGAUGAGCGGCUGCUGCAGGCUGUGGAGGGCAACGAUGCCGCCCGGGUGGCCUCCCUCAUCAUCCGCAAGGGCCUGGUGCCCACGAAGCUGGACCCCGAGGGCAAGUCCGCAUUCCACCUGGCAGCUAUGAGGGGUGCAGCCAGCUGUCUGGAGGUGAUGCUGGCACACGGCGCCAACGUCAUGAGCACAGACGGGGCAGGUUACAAUGCCCUCCACCUGGCCGCCAAGUAUGGGCACCCACAGUGCUUGAAGCAACUGCUACAGGCAUCCUGCGUGGUGGAUAUUGUGGACAGCAGUGGGUGGACGGCCUUGCAUCAUGCAGCGGCUGGUGGCUGCAUCUCUUGCUCAGAAAUGCUCUGCUCCUUCAAGGCACAUCUGAAUCCCCGCGACCGGUUGGGUACAACGCCCCUCAUCAUAGCAGCCCAGAUGUGUCAUACAGACCUGUGCCGCCUCCUCCUGCAGCAGGGGGCUGCUGUGAAUGACCAGGACCUGCAGGGCAGGACCGCCCUCAUGCUGGCCUGUGAGGGGGCCAGCCCUGAAACAGUGGAGGUGCUGCUGCAGGGAGGGGCCCAGCCAGGCAUCACCGACGCGCUGGGCCAGGACGCUGCUCACUAUGGCACCCUGGCAGGGGACAAACUUAUCCUGCACCUCCUGCAGGAGGCGGCCCAGCGCCCCUCACCACCCAGCGAGGAUGAGUCAGGCGAGGCAUCAUCUCAGAACUCUGUGUCCAGCCAUGAGAAGCGAGGGGCUCCCAAGAAGCGGAAGGCACCUCAGCCCCCUACCAGCAUCCCUAUGCCGGAUGAUCGUGAUGCCUAUGAGGAGAUUGUACGGCUGAGACAGGAGAAGGGCCGUCUGCUUCAGAAGAUCCGGGGCCUGGAGCAGCACCAGGAACGGAGGAAGCAGGAGCUGCCAGAGGCAGAGGCCAGCUCCCUUCACAGCCUGGAGAGACAGGUGCAAGAGCUACAGCAGCUGCUGGCAGAGAAGCAGGAGGAGAAGGAGAGUCUGGGACGGGAGGUGGAAAGUUUGCAGAGCCGGCUGUCCCUGCUGGAGAAUGAGCGGGAGAACACCAGCUAUGACGUGGCCACCCUGAAGGAUGAGGAGGGUGAGCUGCCUGACUUUCCAGGGGCCGAGAUGCUGCCCUCCAAGCAGCUAAGCCCGUCAGCCCAGGAGCUCUUGGCCUCGCUGCAGGAGCAGGUGGCCACCCUCACCAGACAGAACCAGGAGCUGAUGGAAAAGGUCCAGAUCCUAGAGAGCUUUGAGAAGGAUGAAAUGGAGGCAAAUGGCUCAGCAGAGGUCAUCCCUUUGGCUCUCUAUGACUCUCUCCGGGCUGAGUUUGACCAGCUGCGCAAGCAGCACGCCGAGGCUGUGCGGGCCCUGGAGCAGCAGGAAGCACAGGGGACCCCCAGAGAACAGAAGGUAACCCCCGGGGAGCGCAAGGACACAGGAGCCAAGACCACCCAAAAUGGGCCAACAGAAAUGGAGCUUGAUGGCAUCGUGGCUCCAGAAACCAAAGUUAAUGGAGUUGAGACCACAGACGAGGAGACUGCAGACAUUGAAACUGCGGAAGCCAGGACUUUGGAAGCAGCAUCCACAGGAACCGAGGUCAUGGAAACAAAACCCAUGGACACUCUGGCCAUGGAAACAGAGGGUGCGGGAGCCGAGGCCUUAGAAACAAAGGUUACAGAGGCUGAGGUCACAAAAACGAAAUCUCUAGAAGAAGGAGGGAACCUGGAAACACAGGCCACGGGAACAGAGGCCACAAACAUGAAAGUAGAGGCACCAGAAAUGAAGGCCAAUGGAGUGGGUGCUGUGGAAGGAAGGCUCACAGAUGCAGAGACCACAGACAUGGAGGCCAGGGGAGUGGAGGCCACCACCCCUAGAGUCCCCAAUGGCUCUGUCCUACACCCUGGUGCUGCUGAGGCCUCGGAAAAGCUGCAAGCUGAACUGGAGACUAGGAUUCGUGGCUUGGAGGAGGCACUCUGGCAGCGGGAGAGGGAGGCAGCCACAGAGCUGGAGGCAGCCCGUGGCAAGGGCGAGGCUACAGAGGCUGAGGCCGAGGGCAGUGGGGUUGGUGGUGGAGGCAGUGGUGACAUGGUCCAGCUGCGAGCUGCCCUGGAGCAGGCCCGGGAGGACCUCCGAGAACGGGACUCUCGCCUCCGGGAGCUGGAGGCCACCUUGGCCUGCCUGGAUGAGGCCCGAGCAGGCAGGCUGCUGGCCGAGGAGGAGGCUCGGGGCCUGCGGGCAGAGCUGGCCCAGCGGGAGGAGGUGCGGCUGGAGCAAAUCCGGGAGCUGGAGGUGCUACGGGAGCAGCUGGCCACCUCCACGGCCACUGAGGAACAACAGCGGGCAGCGGCCGCUGAGCUGAGUCAAGCUCGAGAAGCAGCAGAGACCCGGGCUGCUGAGCUGGCCGCGGCCUGUGAGGAGGCUCGGCGGGGCCUGGCGGAGCUGCGCGAGGCCUCGGAGGUGCUCCGCCAGUCAGCAGUGCCAGCCUCUGAGCAUCACCGGCUGCAGGAGGAGGCCCUCGAGCUGCGGGGCCGGGCGGCCAGCCUGGAGCAGGAGGUGGUGGCCACAGGCAAGGAGGCUGCCCGGCUGCGGGCAGAGCUGGAGCGGGAGCGCGUGGGCAGUGUAGCCCGCUUGGAGCACGAGCGCAUAGUGGGCGCGCUUCGGGCGGACGUGGCCCGGCUGGAGGGGCAGCUGGAGGAGCUAGGACGCCGCCACGAGAAGACCAGCGCCGAAGUCUUCCAGGUGCAGCGUGAGGCGCUAUUCAUGAAGAGUGAAAGGCAUGCAGCUGAGGCCCAGCUGGCUACGGCAGAGCAGCAGCUGCGUGGGCUACGUACUGAGGCCGAGAAGGCACGCCAGGCCCAGAGCCGCGCCCAGGAGGCCCUGGACAGGGCCAAAGAGAAGGACAAGAAGAUCACAGAGCUCUCCAAGGAGGUCUUCAGUCUUAAGGAGGCGCUGAAGGACCAGCCAGCAGCCCCAGGCAGCCCUGAGGUGGAGGCCCUCCGGGGCCAGGUGAAGGCUCUCCAGGGGCAGCUGGAGGAAGCUGCCAGGGAGCACAGUGCAGUGGUGGCCUUGUAUAGGAGCCACCUCCUAUACGCCAUUCAGGGCCAGAUGGAUGAAGACGUGCAACGGAUCCUGAGCCAGAUCCUACAGAUGCAAAGGCUCCAGGCUCAGGGACACUAAGCCCUGGAACACUGAUCCUCCACUAGCUAGGACCUGUACAGCGGGUGUUGGGGCUCACGCACGGACCCUCCGAACUUGGAGAUCAGCCUGGUCCCCCUCCCGACUGUCCCUGUUGCCCAUCACUCAGGCC